AUGGAAGAAGACACAUCAAGAGGAAAUUCCAAAAGAAGGAAGACGAAGGACAAUAGUAAUGCUAAUUAUAUUUUGUUGAAUAAGAAUGCAAAUCGGGUAAGUGGAAAUGAGUCAAAUAAUAACCAUUCCAAGAAGUUAACUCAGCAAAAUGAGAAGGCGAAUAAAAAUGUGCCGUCCGCAUCGACUCGUAAUAAAUCUCAGAACCUUCCCCAUUUGAACACAAAUUCAAAUGCAAACCAGGAUAUAUUGCAACUCAAUAUUAAGCGCAAUGCUAGCAACACCCAACUGAGUAACAGCAAAAGAAACCAUGCCAGUAAUAGAUCAACAGAUCAAGGUCAUCCGUUUUUACACAGGAAACCGGGAAGAGCCUUGUACGUGGACAAUGGCGAAAUGGAUAUGAGGAACUACGUUAAUCCGUCCAGUAAAAUAUUCAUCACGAACAGCUUAAAAAAUACAUAUACAGACAAUUCGAAUUCAAACAGAAGCUCUAAACAGAAGCAACAUAAAGUGGGCCUCUCAUCGAAUGAGUACACAAAUUAUAAAGUUACAACGGAGAAUACAACGACGUAUGAUCAUGCAAGGAAGCUAAACCACAUGUGGAAUAUUUACGUGGACGAAUUACUCGGUUUGACAAACACACAAGAAUUGCCCCAAGACACAAUUAAUGACAUGGAAUUGAACGGAGCGGAAAUUGAAAUACACAAAUCUCGUUGUGCGUCAUAUAUUGGGAUCAAAGGGAUAAUCAUCCUGGAAACGCAAAAUGCAUUCAAAAUUGUAACCCCCAAGAAUAAGGUCCUAAUACUGCUAAAAAACAAAACCGUAUUUAUCCUCACCAUAAAAGAUAAGCAGUAUUACCUGCAUGGCGUCCAGCUGCUCCGCGACCCUGCCUUAAAAUCAUCCAAAAAGUACAAAGUGCUCCAGAACAGGGCUAUUUAA